AUGGAUCGUGGAGAUACUGUUGAAUCGGAUAUUCCAUUGGAAGAUAUCGUUCCGGGUGAUUGGGUCAAACUUUCUGCUGGUGAUCUAGUACCCGGAGAUUUACAAUUAAUCUCGUCAAAAGAUCUUUUUAUUUCUCAAGCUUCUUUAACAGGUGAAUCAAUUCCUGUUGAAAAAUUCACUGCAGAUAUUCAACAACCUCCAAUUAUACCUGAACCUAAUGAAAAUGUUAAAAUGGAAAAAUCUGAACUUGAACGUCCUGAUCUUUGUUUCAUGGGAACUUCUGUUGUAAGUGGAACUGCUACUGCUGUUGUUCUCAAGACUGGUUCAAAUACUUUCUUUGGUGUUAUGGCAAAAACUCUUGCUAGUAGACGAUCAAUCAAUACUUAUGAAAUUAGUAUUCGUCGUAUUAGCUUUUUAUUCAUUGGAAUUAUGUUAUCGAUGAUGCCUCCAGUUUUAUUAUUACAAGGAUUUUUAAAAGGAACACGUGGAGCUAUCGCCUUGUCCAAACAUAAAUGUAUUGUAAAGAAACUUGAUUCUGUUAUUAAUCUUGGCAGUAUGGAUGUUUUAUGUACGGAUAAGACAGGAACUUUAACCCGUAAUAAAGUUGAACUUAUAAAGCAUCUUAAUUAUCAAGGAAACACUUGUCAACUUCCUUUAUUUCUUGGCUAUCUCAAUAGUUAUUUUCAAACUGGUCUUAAAAAUUUAAUGGAUGUAGCUGUAAUUGAAUAUUAUGAAAAUCCUGAGUUAAAUCGUCCUGGUUUUACAAAUUUACCUCAACAUUUUAUUAAAGUUGAUGAAAUUCCUUUUGAUUUCGUUAGAAGAAGAAUGUCCGUUAUCUUAGAAUCAAAUAAAGAUGAUCAUCGGUUCUUGAUUUCUAAAGGUGCUUUGGAUGAAAUGUUAUCUUGUUGUAGUCAUAUUUAUAUUGGAAGUGGUAAAGACUUUGUUGAUGGAAUUUUUCCUACUACCGAUAUUGUCCCUUUAACUCAUGACAUUAGAGAUUCUAUUAAGAAUUUAAAUAAUACUCUUAAUGAUGAUGGUUUAAGAGUUAUAGGUGUUGCAUUUAAACGUAUGAAAGAACGUGUUGAAUUCUCUGUAGCUCAUGAAAGUAAUUUAAUUCUAGUUGGUUUAUGUGGUUUCUUGGAUCCUCCAAAACAAAGUGCUAAACCUGCUAUUGAAGAAUUAAGAAAAUAUAAUGUUGAAGUUAAAGUUCUUACAGGUGAUUCACCCGUCGUUUGUCGAAAAGUUUGCGAGGAAAUUAAUCUUCCAAUAAAAUCUAUUGUAACUACUAACGAUCUUGAAGGUCUUGAUGAUACUCAAUUAGAAGAAAUCGCUGAAAGGGCUACAAUAUUUGCAAAAUUAACUCCUUUACAAAAAGCUAAUAUUGUAAAUGCUUUGAAAAGACGUAAUCACAUUGUAGGUUUCUUAGGUGAUGGAAUAAAUGAUGCUCCUGCAAUCCGUGAAAGUGAUUGUGGAAUUAGUGUAGAUGAAGGAACUGACAUUGCUAAAGAAUCUGCUGAUAUUAUUUUACUUGAAAAAAGUCUUAUGGUACUUGCCUAUGGUGUGAUUCGUGGAAGAUUAACUUAUGGAAAUACUAUUAAAUAUAUUAAAAUGGCUAUUUCAUCAAAUUUUGGAAACGUUUUUAGUGUUUUGGUUGCAUCUAUUUGGUUACCUUUCCUUCCUAUGGCACCAAUUCAUCUAAUUUUGCAAAAUCUCUUGUAUGACAUUUCUCAAAUUAGUAUUCCUUGGGAUAGAAUGGAUCCCGAAUUUUUGGUUCAUCCAAAACGAUGGUCUACAAAAGGAAUCUUCUGGUUCAUGACACUUAUUGGACCAGGGAGUAGUAUUUUCGACAUAUUAACAUUUACGUUCAUGUGGUUUUACUUCCAAUGCAACGAUCCCAAUGAUGAUUACAAAGUUGCUUUAUUUCAAUCUGCAUGGUUCGUCGAAGGUCUGCUCACUCAAACACUUAUUGUCCACGUGAUCCGAACGCCAAAAAUUCCAUUAAUACAAUCAACAGCGGCAUUACCGGUUGUCCUGUGUACUUUGGCCAUUAUGGCUAUUGGAAUUAGUAUACCAUUUUCUCCAAUACAUGAUUAUCUAAAAAUGACACCAUUACCACCAAUUUAUUUCUCAUACCUUUUUGGAGUUUUGAUUUUUAAUCAUGGCAUAUUUUGUGUUGGCGGGG